AAGGGCCUUGAAAUGCUAUCCGAUGCCGUCGAAAACGAUCACAUGACAAAUGAGCAUAAUCCAAUUACAGUCCAUGACACACUAUGCUUUAAUACUAAUGAAGAAACCAUUGACACAACUGUAGUUGAAUAGUGACAGUUGUAGUGAAUGGCUAUUUCAGCUUUUUCUGUUCUAUAUCAUACCAGUCUGAUACCGUGUAAAUGUUGAUCGAUAAUGAUUUACUGACAACGAAAUUUUAGUAACAAGUCAAUUUUUUAUAUCUUUACGUUGCGCAACAUAGACAAGUCUACUUCAGCACUGUUUACAGUUGCAGCGCAGAAAUUGUUUGAGCGCACGAUAUAGCUAUAAAUCAGGAUAAAAAAAAGAAAAAAGAAGAACAAUAAGACCAAAAGCAAAGACCUAUACAACUGUAGUCAGGACAAAGAUGCAACACUCAUCACAAUGCUAGGGAAAAUGAUACGGAAGAUGCUAGGUAUGUCCUUGCGUGAAAAGAUAAAAAACAAAGGAACAAGAAGAACAGCCAGCAGUAAGAUCAAAAGUAGUAGUGUGUAGUGACAGUUAUGGAACAAAAUAAACUACGUUGGCAUGGUCAUAUUUUGAGAAAAAAUGAAGGUGGUAACUUGUAAAGCAUGCAGGGAUUGGAAGACCCGAUGAGGAAAUGAGAAGCAGAGCCAAAUAGGUAAAAAAAGUUUAGUGAGGAGCUAAAGGAACUGGAUUUGAGAGUACAUAAUGCAUUACAUAGAAAGAUAUGGAGGAAAGAGGACAUGGCCACGGUCGGUCACGGUCUACCAAUGAAGGAAUUAGGAAGAAAUAGUGAUGGCGAGAAGAGGAAGGUUUAGUUCCAUAGAAAUAAUAGCACCAUGAAUAUCUGACUAAUUAACGUCAAGUUAUUGGUAGAUGAUGUUAAAGUAAAAAAAAAACAAGAAUAAAGCAGGAUGUCAAACUACAAACAGAAACCUGAUCGUCUUUGGAUAUGUCUCUUUCCGUAUAUUACUUGUAUCAGACUCAAAUUACAGAUUGUACUUAUUUUUAUGUCCGCUUAAGAUAUUUACGUCCAUAACUCUGCGGAAGGAAAAAAACAAACAAUAUUCAGCGCUGUGCAGGUACCUGUUCUGUGUUUACGGUCAGUCGUCUAACAUGGGAACAAGAUUUAUUGUUAGCCUUUAUUUUUGUUGUGUCGUUGUUCUUGUAAUAUUGAGCGAAAGAAUUGAAACUUUUCGCUUGAAAGCACAUUUUCCCCGACAACCUUUGUCAUCCGCCGAAAGAUUGGCAAAAAAAUCAGAAUGCAAAUUUUGUGUGUACGAAACGAAGUAUCUUAAUCAAAAGCUAGAUCAUUUCAAUUAUGACCGAAAUGAAACAUUUAAGCAACGUUACUUAGUCAGUGACAUACACUGGGAAAAAGGUGGACCAAUUUUAUUCUAUUGUGGCAAUGAAGGGGAUAUCACAUGGUUUUGUAAUAAUACGGGCUUUAUGUGGGAUAUUGCAAAAGAAUUUAAAGCUAUGCUUGUUUUUGGUGAACACAGAUUCUACGGAAAAUCAAUGCCAUUCGGCAAAAAGUCUUAUGAGAGCCCAAAGCAUUUAGGAUUCUUGACAUCAGAGCAAGCACUUGCUGACUUUGCAUUUAUGCUACAACAUGUUAAGGAAACUUAUAGUGGUGCUAGGAAAAGUCCUGUAAUAGCGAUGGGCGGGUCAUAUGGAGGGAUGUUGGCUGCUUGGUUUAGAAUGAAGUAUCCGAAUGUUGUCGUUGGUGCAAUUGCUGCAUCAGCACCGAUAGUUCAGUUUCAAGAUCUUACUCCUUGUGAGACCUUUUACAACAUUGUUUCGCGUGAUUUUGCAAGAGAAGGACAGUCAUGUUUUAAUUUGAUCAAGAAAUCAUGGAGUGUAAUUCUCGACAAAGGAAUGUCCAAGUCUGGAAGAAACGAGCUGUCAGACAUCUUCCACCUAUGCAAACCUUUGAAAAAGAUGACUGAUGUAUAUAACUUCAGGGAUUGGUUAAGCGGGACAUACGUUAACUUGGCUAUGGUAAAUUAUCCAUAUCCUGCUUCUUUUUUGGAACCUCUCCCAGGCUGGCCCAUCAAGGCUGUCUGUAAGAAUUUAAAAGAUGAAGAACUCGAAGGAGACGCAUUAUUAAAAGCUGUGUUCAAUGCUAUAUCUGUCUAUUAUAAUUAUACUGGCGUGGCUAAAUGUUUUGACAUCAAUCAGCAAGCCACAAAAGAUUUGGGUGAUAAAGGCUGGAAUUUUCAGGCUUGUACAGAAAUGGUAAUGCCAUUGUGUGCCAACGGUAACGAUGACAUGUUUUAUCAAUUUGACUGGGAUUUCCCUGCUUAUGCCAAGGGUUGCGAGAAAUCAUACGGUGUAAAACCGAGCCUAUUUUGGGCUGAAAUUCAAUAUGGUGGAAAAAAGAUCUCAUCGCAUAGUAAUAUAGUGUUCAGCAACGGUGAUCUGGACCCAUGGUCAGGUGGAGGAAUAACAAAGAGCAUUUCUGAUACAUUAGUUGCUGUCGUAAUUAAAAAUGGAGCUCAUCAUCUUGACUUACGUCAUAAAAAUAAAGAUGAUCCCCAAUCUGUGAUUGAUGCUAGAAAUUUGGAAAAGAAAUACAUGAAAAAAUGGAUAAUAGAGUGGAAAAAAUUGCACCGAAAGUUGCCUUUCAUUAAACCAAAUUAGUUAAACUUUCAAAGCUUGUGUUUGUUUUGGAGAGAUUUAUCCAUGUUGUGUGCAUGAAAUAUACUUGUUGAAAUUACUAAAUUUUUAAUUUUCUUUGCUUUGCAAACAAAUUGUUGAGAAAUGUUAAAUAAAUGAAUGAAUCAUGAAA